GAGUGUCUGAAUCGAAGCCAUGCUUGUGACGUGAAUGCGAAUUGUACCAACACUGACGGCUCCUAUAAUUGCACUUGUAAGGAAGGAUACACUGGGGACGGACAGUCAUGCCAAGACAUUGAUGAGUGCAGUGAAUUUCAUGGCGUCAAAAUGAACAACUGCCAUCUUAAUGCCUCUUGCGUUAAUACUCAGGGCUCAUACAACUGCUCUUGCAAUCCUACCUAUAUUGGGGAUGGGUCUAUGUGUGAAGCCGAUCCUUGCUAUUAUUAUAAAAACCUGAGUGAAGCCAAUAGAAAGGUAAGUUACAGUACACUUUCCGGUUCAGAGUUGUGUGACUACCAACUAACUGAGGGAUGGUAUCGUUUUGUGGGAGCUGCAGGAACGAAAAUGCCAACAACGCGUGUGCCAGCAUUCAGGUGUGGUACAAACUGGUCAGGCUGGUUGGAUGGUGCUCAUCCUUCAGUAGAAUAUGGUGAAGUUUCCAGAACGGUCUGCUUUAGCGAUCGUCAUAUAAGUUGCAAAUAUUCAAUCAAAAUUUCAGUUAAAAAUUGUGGAUCAUUUUUCAUCUACAAAAUUUUUAAGACCCCUGGUUGUUUUUCCCGCUACUGCAGCACAGACUAA